AUGGGGGCAAGAUUGGAACAACAACCAAUUCGACGGGAAGUCCCUGAAGAACAACCUAGGAGAGUGAUAAUGGUUAAUAGAGACCAGGAUGUAGACGAAGUAAUUCAUAGGGUUAGGCGGGAAAACAUGAUGGAAAAUGACCUAACCAGUAUGAUAGAGAGAAUCAUGGCCCAGAAUGGUCUAAACACAGGACUUCGACGACCAAACUAUUCUUCUCCUCUGUCAGAGUAUGUCCUGCAAACAGAAUUACCAAGGGAUUGUAAAAUCCCUAAGUUCACCAAAUUUUCAGGGGAUACUAGUGAAUCCACUAUAGAGCAUAUAGCCAGAUACAUGACUGAGGCGGGGGAUUUGGCGAACAGUGAGAACUUGAGGAUGAAAUAUUUCCCUAGUUCUUUAACAAAGAACGUCUUCACGUGGUUUACGAAUUUACCACCAAAUUCCAUAGAUGCUUGGCCCCAGUUAGAAAGAUUGUUUCAUGAACAAUUCUACAUGGGCCAAACUAAGAUAAGUCUUAAGGAACUAGCCAACAUCAAGAGAAAAUUCACCGAACCUAUAGAUGAUUAUCUGAAUAGGUUCCGCUUGUUAAAAUCUAGAUGCUUUACAAUAGUACCUGAACACGAGUUGGUCGAAAUGGCCGCUGGAGGUCUGGACUAUUCCAUCGGAAAAAGUUAG